AUGAGCAAAAGGUUACAAACUCGUACAAUAAAUUUUCCUAGAUUAUAGCAAUUGCCCAAGGAUGGCGCUAUCUUGCGCCAUCCUCGGGCAAUUCAAAAAUGGCCCCACACCGGGAAUCGAACCCACGUGUGGGACAUAUUUGGUGUGUGGCCAACAUCGACUUACACGCACCAAAAAUGGCCCCACACGUGGGUUCGAUUCCCAGUGUGGGCCAUUUUUUGAAUUGCCCGAGGAUGGUGCAAGAUAGCGCCAUCCUCGGGCAAUUCCUAUAGCUGAUUACGAAGCACUAUCAGCCUGCACAUCUCCACCUACAAGAUCUUCAAUUUCAUCAGGUGGCCACGAUUCUCCAGAUCUUGACGAUGUAUUUUUCAAGACUGCGUCCCCUAAAGCCUUGAAUUUACAAAUUCCUCUUCGAAAACAUAAUACCCCAUCUCCAAAAAGUAUAUCCUCUCCUAAGCAGAUUGGCUUAAUGAGAGCAUAUCAAGCAUAUUUUUCAAAACCGAAAAAGAAUAAAAUUAAAGAAACCCCAAAGCAAAGUAAUGUCACAAAUGAGCUGGCCUCAGCAAUGCAAGAAAAAUUCGAAUUAGAAGUGCAGGUCGCAAGACUUAGAUUUGAGCUGCAAAAAGGAAACUUGGAAAAUAAAAAAUUAAAAGAAAAAGAGAAAACAAUUGAAAGUUUGAAUAAACAUCUGAAUGAACUGAUGGAAGAAAACAAAAUAUUGAAAGAAAAGAAAAAUAAAGUGAAAAAGAGAGUAAAUAUAGAAGAUUUAGGCAGGAUUACUAGGAGUAUGGAAGAAUUCAAAAAGAAAUUCAUGAGCUUUCUUAAUAACUAUAGCUAA